AUGCCCGUCAGUGAAAGAUAUUUCAAGAUUUCCGCGUGUGUGCUGCUGUUUUUCGUUGCCGCUGGCUUUAGUGAAGCAGAGCAAAGGUCUGGCCGCAUUGUAGGUGGACGCAAUGCAGACAUAAAAGAUCACCCGCAUAUGUUGCUUUUGCGCAAAACUGGAUACGCGACUUGUAGUGCAGUGGUGAUAGGGAACAAGCAUGCACUCACUGCUGCCCACUGUGUGUACGCUUUGUCGGAUGUAAAAAAGAUUUCUUUGCAUGGUGGUAGUACAACACAAACGGGAACGAGUGUGGCAUUUAGCGCGGAACGUGUUCUGAUACACCCCAGCUACAACGACACCACCAAUGAUAAUGAUAUAGCAAUCAUUGAGAUCAGCAGCGAGUUCAGUGGACAUGAGAAUGUAGCCCCUAUAACAUUGCAGAAUACGGAACCUUCAUCAACUUCUGCAGCUUGUAACGUUACCGGUUGGGGUAUAGUCAACGCUAGAACGAACGCCGUAUCAAACACACUGCAAGUUGGAUCGCUUCAGCUCAUCACACCAAGGACCUGUCGUGUACAAUGGCAUCCCCUUGCUAUUACUUCCAGCAUGAUCUGUGCACGGAGUGAAUCUGCUGACACGUGCGCGGGUGACAGUGGAGGUCCCCUGGUUUGUGAGGAGCGUUUGUAUGGCAUAGUGUCUUGGGGUAGUUCUCGCUGUGAUAAAACGAAGCCUGCUGUGUUCGCCAAAAUUUUUGCUAACAGUGUACGAUCGUUUAUCAAGUUAAACACAGGUAUUUAA